CGGCGGGGCUCUCGGACCCCGCCCCUAACUCAACCUGGCACGGUUGCGGCUUCGAGACCCGGAAGCGGCCCGUCCUCGCCGCCGCGUGCGGAGAAACUGAGGCCCGGGGCGGGGCGGGGCGGCCCCUGCGGGCGCGAGCCUCCGCCCCGCGGCCCCGCCCCCGCCGUAAGAGGACCCCAGGCGCCUGGCCGAGGCCACAGCGCGGCGCUGGCCGGCGGCUGCGGGAUGGCAGCGCAGCGGCUGGGCAAGCGGGUGCUGAGCAAGCUGCAGUCCCCAUCGCGGGCCCGCGGGCCGGGGGGCAGCCCCGGGGGGCUGCAGAAACGGCACGCACGUGUCACCGUCAAGUAUGAUCGGCGGGAGCUGCAGCGGCGGCUGGACGUGGAGAAGUGGAUCGACGGGCGCUUGGAGGAGCUGUACCGCGGCAGGGAGGCAGAUAUGCCUGAUGAGGUCAAUAUUGAUGAAUUAUUGGAACUGGAGAGUGAAGAGGAGAGAAGCCGGAAAAUCCAGGGACUCCUGAAGUCGUGCAGGAACCCGACAGAGGACUUCGUGCAGGAGCUGCUGGCCAAGCUGCGGGGCCUCCACAAGCAGCCCGGCCUCCGCCAACGCAGCCCCUCGGACGAGGGCAGCCCGAGCCCCCUGCAGGACCAGACCCGGACGGCUCCCCCCUGACCUCCUCCUCGGUGACCCCAUGCUCUCCUGGCACCGCCCGCUCCCAGCUCCUCCAUAAGUUGUAUUUAAUGGUUCUGUACCAAUAACACCAUGUGCCUGUGCCUCC